AAACGGAAUCCAUCGUUGGUAUGAGUUAGGAAUUUCUCCCAACAAGUCACUGCUGUUCCAGGAAGAGUGCGAAUAGUUUUAAGAUCAGUCUAAAGGUGAUACGCGUUAAGAUGGAGCCUAAGUCAUUGCUUGUUCUAUCACUGCUGGCAUUAUUCAUCAAUAUAGUUUUUGCUGACAAGAAAAUUGUAUGUUACGUCGGAACUUGGGCGGUCUACAGACCUGGGCUAGGUCGAUUCGACAUUGAAAACAUCAACCCAUUCCUGUGUACUCAUUUGAUUUACGGAUUCUUCGGGAUAAAUGAAGACGGAUCAAUACGGAUAAUUGACCCAUAUCUGGAUUUGGAAGAAAACUGGGGACGAGGUCAUGUAAAACGAUUCAAUGCACUCAAGUCGGUGAACCCCUCGCUGAAAACAAUGGCCGCGGUGGGUGGUUGGAACGAAGGAUCCAGGAAAUUUUCACUCGUAGCUGCAAGCUCAACGGGAAGACGUCGGUUCAUUGAAGACAGCAUUAGCUUUUGCAAGAAACACAAUUUUGAUGGCGUCGAUUUAGAUUGGGAAUAUCCAGGACAACGAGAUGGGAAUGAGGCGAUCGAUAAAGAAAAUCACGCGGUAUGGCUGCAGGAAAUCAGGAGCGCAUUCGAUCGCGAAGGAUUACUCCUCAGUGCGGCAGUGGCCUCAGUUGAAUUCUCCGCAGCGAAAUCCUAUGAUAUACCACGUGUUUCCGCGUCACUUCAUUUCAUAAACGUGAUGACAUACGAUAUGUACGGUGCGUGGGACAACCACUGUGGUCUAAAUGCACCUAUGUACGAAUGGUCGACCGGUACGAAUGUCACUGAAAAGCAGUUGAAUGUGAAUGCUAGCAUACAUUAUUGGCUUUCACAAGGUGCCCCAAAAGAAAAAUUAGUAAUGGGUAUUCCACUGUACGGAAGAUCCUUUACGCUGGCCAAUGCCGGAAAUAAUUUCAUUGGUGCUCCCGCUAGCGGACCUGGUAUUGCUGGUCCCUACUCAAGGGAACUUGGUGUGAUGGGAUACAAUGAGUUGUGUGAGGCAAUGUUGACCCAACAGUGGCAGAUUCAUUUUGACGAUGAACAAUUUGGGUUCUAUGCAACCAAGGGAAACCAAUGGGUUGGGUAUGAUAAUCCAACUACAGUUGCCGCCAAGGUACGCUAUCUCAUGGAAUUGGAUUUAGGUGGAGUUAUGGUGUGGUCACUUGAAACUGACGAUUUUCGCGGAGUAUGUAAUGAGGGGACUAACGUUCUAAUGAAUACCAUCUAUGAAAAUCUUCACAACGGUUUGGAACCCCCAACCACGAUCUCAACUACGUCUGCAACUAAGGAACCUAAUCAAUGCUCGGAAGAAGGAAUGUUCCCGGACCCAGAGGCGUGUGAAAAGUAUUACAUUUGUACUGCUCACGGUAAUCGACACGACUUUACGUGCCCAAGCGGAUUACACUUUGACCCGGUGCACAAAGUUUGCAAUUGGCCUGAGUUAGUGAACUGUGUACCAACUUUUUACUACAGAUAAUUUCAACACAUAUUUAUAAUCUUUGAAUAAAACGACGCAAAAUGCUGAACAAAGCAUUUGGUUCAUG